GAGAUGCAGAAGUUCCGUUCAGCUGUCUGCCGUAUGUUCGCAGAGAACGAAAUGGAUUGUGUAUUCAUGGAAACUGCUAGGCGUCUUAAGUCGCAUCCGCAUAUGCAAAUCGAAUGCAUUCCGCUGGAUAAGGACAACGGCAGCUUGGCUCCAAUGUAUUUCAAAAAGGCUAUUCUCGAAGCGGAAGGAGAAUGGACACAGAAUAAGAAGCUGGUCGAUCUUAGCCGGAAAGGCAUCCGGUCAUCCGUUCCGAAAGGUUUGCCAUACUUUGCAGUAGAUUUCGGAAUGCAAGGCGGAUAUGCACAUGUGAUUGAGAAUGAACAGAAAUUCCCUGUAUACUUUGGAAAGGAAGUGGUUGGACGCCGCAUGGUCGGUGGAAGUGCCGACGACGGGUGCUGA